UUUCCGGUGCGGGUGGCGCAUCAUCAGGCAGGAGCAUCCAGAGGUAGAGUAGAAGGUGUAUAAUGGCUGCGGUCUUCCCUGUAGAUGUCCAGCAGCUACUGGUGAUAAAAGAAGAGGUUUCCCAUGAAUGUGAAUGGAGCCCCAGUGUGAACCAUCCUGACUCAGAGCUGUGGAAAAAUCAAGAGCGAGUUCACUGUAAUGGGCUGGAGGAGGAUAUCAAGAGGUUUCCAUUUACUGUUGUUCAUGUGAAGAGUGAAGAUGAAGAAGAGAAGCCUCAGUCCUUAAAGGUUCAUCAAAGCCAAAAUAAAAACAAGAUAGAGACGGAGACUCAAGUGAGCAACUCCUCUGAACAGAGGAAAAUGGACCAAAGUACAAAUAACAAUAUACAAACAAAUACUGAUGGCGAAGCACCGGAAUCUUCUGAGACUGAAGUCAGUGAGGAUGGCUGGCAGGAACCUUUGUCAGAUUGUGGACCUGAAACUGACGACAGCGACAGCCGAUUGAAUGACGACAGAACACCUGAGUCAGGUGUAAAUAAUGCAAAAAUGUCUUCCAGCUGUUUGGUGAAUGAGAGAAGUUCUAGAGUGGAGCAAAGUGUCGAUUCUCAGAUGAAGCGAUUUGGAUGUGAUGAUUGUGGUAAACGAUUUAACCAAAUGAAAGAUCUUAGAGUACACAUGAGAGUCCACACGGGAGAAAGACCAUUCUGUUGUGCAGAUUGUGGUAAAAGAUUUAGAUAUCAAGGAAGUCUGAAUGUACACAUGAGGCUCCAUGCUGGAGAGAAACCGUAUGCUUGUGAUAAAUGCGGUAAAAGAUUUAGCCUAAAGACAAACCUUACCAGACACAUAAGAGUCCACACAGGGGAGAAACCAUUUAGCUGUGACAUUUGUGGACAAAGAUUUAACUAUCGAAGAAACCUUAACAUGCACAUAAGAGUGCACACAGGAGAGAAACCUUUUAGUUGCGACAAUUGUGGGCAAAAAUUUAACCAAAAGAUUGAACUUAGGAGACACAUGAGAGUUCACACAGAAGAGAAACCGUAUACCUGUGGUGAUUGUGGUAAAACGUUUAGUUACCAGUGUAAUCUGAAGACACACAUGGCACUCCACAAAGGAGAGAAACAGUUUGUUUGUGGUGUUUGUGGUAACAUAUUUAACCAAGAGGGGAAUCUAAAGAUACACAUGAGGGUCCACACAGGAGAGAAACCAUUUGGUUGCGAUUUCUGUGGUAAAAGGUUUAAUCAAAAGAUUCAUCUUGAGACGCACAUUAGAGUUCACACAGGGGAGAAACCUUAUAACUGUGGAUUUUGUGGCAAAAGAUUUAGACACCAGUGUAAUCUAAAGAUACACACCAAACUCCACAAGGAAUAAAUAAGUAUUGAGAGUCUCAACGGGAUUUCUUCCCGUGACUGGGAGUAGUGAUGCCCAUCAAAAUGAUCAAUGAUGUGCAAAACAGUGUUCUUAUCAGUACUGUUUUUAUUUUUGACAAAGCUAGCCCCAACUUCCAAUUUUCAAAGGUGGAAAAUGUUUGUCAUUUUGUUGCCAAAAUUCAAAAAUGUGUUUGUUUGAUUGUUUUUCCUUGACAUAACUGUGCUUUUCUUACUCAUUAAUUUUACUGGUCUACUGGUCCAAUUCUCGUCUUUACGCAGCAACAAACUGUCCUUGAGAGUUCAGUCAGACUUGUGCCACAUAUCAAACACACGUUUACCACUAUAAGAGAUCCUUUUCAUAUAUAUAUUGGCUUCAUCAUUCUGGUAAGUGAUAGCAGUCUGUCAGUCAGACGUGACAAACUUUAACACUAAUACAGGCAUCAUUAAUAUAAUUGCUGGUGUUAAUAAUUUCAGAGUCUCAGCUGAAUGUUCACUGCUUAGAAUAGUUUUCAUUUGCUUAUUUCUUAACUUAUUUGCUUUAUCACACAAGAUCACUGAAACCCAGAUUUCCAAAUGAAUAAGGACCGGAAAUCUUAACACCAGUUAUCAGCCUUCACAUGUAUUUUGUAACAUGAUGGAAAAUUCAGAUGACGUCUCAUUGCAAGUACUUUAAACCACUGAAGAAUUGAAAGAUGGCCUCUGGUAUUUUCAAAACUGUUAAAAUAAUAUUUUUUGUGUGGUAUAUAAACAUACUAUAUGAUACUGCACAGUCCAAAAGGUGCAGUGGCACUAUCGUGUAGUGAUUAACAGUUUUGCCUAACACCUGAAAAGUCUGAGUCAAGCCUGGGAGGAGACGCAAAUCCCAAAGAGGGUUGCGUCAUGCAGGACAUCUGGUGUAAAAAUUUUGUAGUCAUACUGAAUUUUACACAACUUCUUUAUGAUAAGCAUAUUGUGUAUUUGUGGUAGCAUAUUUUUUUUAUUUUUGUUGAUUGAGUUCUACUCAUUUCCAAUAGUAUAUUUAGCUCAUUCAGCCAAAGGACCUGUGAACUUAUCGUUACUCAUUAGUCCUCCUAUAGAAAUUAUCAAACUUACAAAUAAUGGUCUUUGGGCUUUACCUUACAAUAUAAAGCGUCUCAAGAUAGCAUCAUUUCCUUAGGGAUUAUUAAAGUAUUCUGAUUCUGAUUGUGAAGAUCAAGGUUACGUUUGUCACUUUACAGGCAAUAAUCUGUGAAUUGUGAGAAAACUGAGCUGCUGGGUUAUUGACAUUAUGCUCUGGUUUUUGGUACAUUAAAAAUAUGUAUAUAGAGUAUAUUCCACUUUGACUUUUAUUUAGUAAGUUUAUGAGAUAUUUUACUUGAAUUAAUCGUCACUAAUUUGCACAGAGAUAACUACUUUGCCUUUUUUAAUUCAUGUUCUUUUACCGUGCUGUAAAUAAUGUUUAAACCUGGAUUAUAACAGCACCAUGAGGUAUGAACAGUGAGAUUGAUGGUGAUGUUACAUUAAACAGUGUUUUUUGUGUUGGUUAUUUGUUAGCUGUUACCAUUUUUAUUAUGUACAAUAGUGACAAGGUUUUUGUUUUUGAUUUGUUAAUGAAUUUAAAAUUUAAAGUCAAGCCAAGUUUAUUUAUAUCACAACAGACAUCAACCGAAGUGCAGCACAACAAUCGGUAAAACAAUUAAAAAGACAGAUUUACAUAGCAUUAGGAGGACAGGCUAAAGAGAAAUGGUGAGUCUUAAGUUGAGGUUUGUUGGCUGUUGUUGAAGCAGGCAGUCUGACCUGGAAGGGGAGAUUGUGCCAGAGUUUCAGAGUUAUGUCUUUAUACCCCAGUCAGUAGAUACUGAUACUUGUGUAUGAUCGAUGCAAACAUUUACAACUAAGGAAUUUUAUAGUGAACUCUAAACUGCACAGGUAGCUAGUGUAACAAUGCCAAGGCUGGUGAAAUAUGUUCAUGUUUUUCUUUACCAGUCAGAUAAGGCAUCUGGUGUAAAAGAUGUCCCAAAUCAAACAGAUACCCACUUUGGCAACCAGAGAACAGCCAAAAGUAGCUGCUUCAAAUUUUCAGACCACAAGUUUUUACCAGACAGAUGUGUAGCAUCGUCUAGAAUCAAUUCUUGGUGUCUAGCAUUGCAAUUGCAUUAAAAUCCACUGAUAAAAUCAUAUGAUUUGUGCAGACAGACACUUCUAGUCUCUCUCACUCAUACAUUCUGAAACUGCACAAAUAUCAAAAUAAUACAUUUUUAGACCAGGACAUUUCAGACU